AAGGUCUUCUUUUCGCAGAUACUCCCACGUGACCUCUCCCUUUGAGACCCAGGCUGCGUGUGCGCGCGCGUAGACCACCUAAAUGCCACGAUCUCACUCGUGCGCGUGUGCGCUCCGCGCAAGUUCGCCUGGCGGAUCUUCCGCCGCUUGAUGAGCUCACAAUUGAGCUAUGAUGUCAGCGUGCGCGCCGCGGACCUUGCUCCUCCUCCAGACCUUCGCACGCCAACGCGCGGCAACUGGGGGAUCAGGACGGCUGUUUUCACGCGCCACCUUUCGACAGAAGGCGCUGCUCAGGCGGGUCCUUUCCCGCCCCAGGACCCGGCCCCUGCCCCGCCCCGUAUUUGUGCGGCGCCAGCUGGCCAGGUCGAUUCCAGCGCAGAGGCUGGACUUGUAGGCGCAGCAGCUCCGGAGGCGAGCUGGGGACGCGACCAGGGCUAUGCUGGGCAAGGAUUACAUGCUGGCCAUCAUUCUGGUCAACUGCGAUGAUGACUUGUGGGGGGACCAGAGUCUGGAGGGGGAGCCAGGUUUGCCCCCUGGCUGGAGGAAGAUCCGCGAUGCUGCAGGUACUUAUUAUUGGCAUGUACCCAGCGGUAGCACCCAGUGGCAGCGCCCAACCUGGGAGUCAGGAGAUGCAGAGGACCCAGGCACGAAGACGGAGGGAAUUUGGGGACUUCGGCCCCCCAAGGGGAGAUCCUUCUCCAGCCUGGAGAGCUCACUGGACCGGAGUAAUUCUCUGUCCUGGUAUGGUGAAGAAUCCUACAUCCAGAGAAUGGAGCCAGGGGCUAAGUGCUUCGCAGUCCGCUCUCUGGGCUGGGUAGAAGUACCUGAAGAGGACCUGGUACCAGGGAAGAGCAGUAUUGCAGUCAAUAACUGCAUCCAGCAGCUGGCCCAGACUCGUAGCCAGAGCCAGCCCCCGGAUGGUACCUGGGGCGAGGGCCAGAACAUGCUGAUGAUCCUGAAGAAGGAUGUGAUGAGCCUGGUGAAUCCCCUGGACCACAGUCUGAUCCACCGCCAGCCUCUGGUGCACAUUCGUGUAUGGGGUGUGGGCAGCUCCAAGGGCCGGGACUUCGCUUUUGUGGCGGGUGACAAAGACAGCUGUAUGCUCAAGUGCCAUGUGUUUCGCUGUGACGUCCCUGCCAAGGCCAUUGCCAGUGCCCUACACGGGCUCUGUGCCCAGAUCUUGUCAGAGCGAGUAGGGGUCAGUGGUGAUUCCCCUUGCUGCUCACUAGACCCCAUCUCCCCUGAAGACCUGCCUCGACAAGUGGAGCUACUGGAUGCGGUGAGCCAGGCUGCUCAGAAGUACGAGGCACUGUACAUGGGGACCCUGCCAGUCACCAAAGCCAUGGGCAUGGACGUGAUGAACGCGGCCAUUGGUACCCUCACCACCCAUGGGGACCGGGACGCCUGGGUCCCUGCCAUGCUCAGCAUAUCUGACUCUCUCAUGACUGCACAUCCCAUUCAGGCAGAGGCUGGUGCAGAGGAGGAGCCACUGUGGCAGUGCCCUGUGCGCCUCGUGACCUUUAUUGGUGUUGGUCGUGACCCACACACCUUUGGCCUCAUUGCCGACCUGGGCCGUCAGAGCUUCCAGUGUGCGGCCUUCUGGUGCCAGCCCCAUGCAGGGGGACUCUCCGAAGCUGUGCAGGCUGCUUGCAUGGUUCAGUACCAGAAGUGUCUUGUGGCCUCUGCGGCUCGAGGCAAGGCCUGGGGUGCCCAGGCCCGUGCCCGCCUACGACUCAAGCGGACCAGCUCUGUGGACUCCCCUGGAGGUCCCCUGCCCCUCCCCCUGCUCAAAGGAGGGGUUGGGGGUGCAGGGGCAGCCCCUCGAAAGCGGGGCAUCUUCUCUUUUCUUGAUGCCUUCCGGCUGAAACCCUCUCUGCUCCACAUGCCCUAAAUUAAUCGGGGAGGACUGGGGAAGGAGGUUCUGGGUCCAUGCCCGACUCUGUACCCCUUCAUUCCCCAGGGACCUGCAGCCUCUCGCCCCUUGGAGCCUUCUCUGCUUUCCCCACUGACCCUUGCCCACCCUCUAUUUAUUGCCCAAUUUAUUGUUUAUAUGGAUGAUUGAGAGGCCCUGUACCACAGCCUAGACCCCGGGCUCUCCUCUCCCUGGGUCCCUGUGUUCCUUGCCCCUGUCCAGCCCUGGACAGUUGGCUCUACCUCAGCAACACUUUAUAGCAAAAUCGGUACAAAUAAAAAUCCCUCAGUGACCUCA